GAAAAGAAAAGGUGCAUUUUUGGUCGCAGUAGCACUUUAAGAACAUAAAAGAUAUGCUCGGGAGGAAAACUACUCGACAUCGAUAAAGCAAAGUGGCCUUUCGUGAAGGGAUCGUCUUAUUUCCAGUUUCUUUUUAAUUUAGAAAACAAGAUUGAAAAUAAAGAGUUAAAAAUAUUUAAUUUUUUUGCGACAAAAUUGUAAAAUUGAGAUGCAAAACCGAACAAAUAGCCGUUGCUUGUCUUCCAUUCGAAGUAAACUUCAAAAGUGAAUUUGAUAAACAAAAUUUUAGACGGGCAUGUUGAACUCAAUUUUUUUGUCAUUCGGAAUACUUCAGUUUUUAUUUACAAGGCCUUAACAUUAAUGCAAUAUGCUCAGAAUGUCUUACGCAAAUAUUUGUUUUAAAGGUGCUAUACUUGAUGUAGCCGUCACACUUAUUCAUCGAUUUUAGUAGCCACGGAACAGGAUAUUCUAUUGGGAAUUAUCAGUGGAACUUGUCAGGUUUUAGUCUCACGAAAGCUUACUGCAUAACAGGGACGCUCGCUUCUAUUACUUAUUGUUGUUGUACCCUUUUCUCUUAACUUGACAAAUAACAGCAUGUUGAUUUGCUUUAAGUCCACCUCGUUCCCAACUAGAGACGAAGACAGAAGAACUGCUGAUAGAGAAGGUAUAAAGGGAUACCUGGUUUGGAAUGAAGAGAAUAAUUAUUUUCUUUUUAACCCCAAUCAUGCACCAGAAGACGAUCAUUGAAAAAAAGGAUAGACAACAAUAGUUGAAUAAAAUACACAGUGUUCCCUUUCAGUCAGUAAUUCCAUUUAGUGCUUGACAACAACGUUAGCAACUUUUAAUUAGUGUCCAUUUCAAAAGAAAUGGACACGACCACCUGGAGGUAAUCAGGUGAACAAUGGUUUACGAAAAAAUAAGAGUUUGGCUCACCAGUCAUGGUAAACCGAUAUUUUGUUAUUCUUCUGGUGGAUUUUAAUGACUAAUGCUGGCUGGUAUGUCAAGAAUAGGGUGUACCUUAUACAGAAGGAAUUUUACUUUAUCGAAGUGCAACGGUUUAUCAAAAGCAGGUCGCCUUCAACACCACGAUGAGACUAUUUCUAUUCUCCUUGUUUGCCUCACACAUCACGUCGGUAGCCCCAAUGGUAAUCGGGAAAGGAAAUAUCGAGAAAAACGAGGAAUCACCAUUCCUAGAGAUGAACAAAACCGUUGCGAAUUCUUCUACUAAAAAGCCAAACCUUUCCUUGUAUCGUAUCAUGAUCACGAAGGAAAACUACAGCCAGGAGGAAACUAUUCCACCCCAAAGUCUUCGAGAGGAAUUGUUUCCUCAUGCCACCAUUAAAUUUCCUAUCAAAGAAUCCACUGAUAAAACGAGACACGCCACCUUAUCAAAGAACGAAGACCGCGAUUUUGAUGGCUGUCGAAAAGAAGAUAUGAUAGUCCACACAGCAGAGCUUGGCUUGCCCACAAAGUACAUCCAACCUGAAAAAUUCAACGCCUAUCAGUGCAAGGGCAAGUGCUCUCUCAAGCAGUGGAGAAAAUACAUCAUUCACUCGCUGCUCAAGGCGUAUUUGGAGGACAAGAAGGGUAUCAAAGUUGAUAACAAUGCAUGCUGUGUGCCAACUAAGCUUCGACCGAUGUCUCUCUUCUAUUACAACGAAACACUUGGCUUUGUGAGGCACAUCCUUACCAAUGCGAUUGUCGAGGAGUGCGGUUGUUACUGAGAGCCAGAAUUUGAAUCAUUGCACAAUAAUCUCCUCGAAAAGGGAUAACUUUGAACUUGUUUAUCGAAUGAAAUUAUGCAGAAUCGACCUAGCUAUAGUAUACGGAGCUAUAUAGAUUAAGCCUGAAUGCCUUUGUUUGAGUAGCAUGUAACAAUUUUGUACGUUCAUUUUAGUAGUUGGGUGACAAAGGGUUCGCAUUGUAAAGCUUUCGAUCUUUUGGCUUGAUUCGCCGAUCCGGCAUUUGUUUCUUUUACAUUCGGAUCGACGUUAGCUUUUCGAGAGUACAAUUUUGCUUCUUAGGUGUGCCUAAAUCAAUCUCGCGUAAGAACUCCGAAACAGAAGAAUCCGGGCCAGGGCCGCUCUGCAAUUCUCGGUAUUUCCAGAAUUUAAAGAUCUUCUCACUUAUCUGCAAAACUUUGAAAAGCCUUAGUUUUUUUUAAGGCCAAAUCCGUUGAUCUGCAAAACUAUUCAACCCCUCUGAAAAGAAUACGAUUGUUUAACGUCAAACAUAUUUGGGAGUUACAUGCUACAAGUGGUUAAGCAGCCAUAAGUAAUAUUUAAUCUUUAGCUCUGCCUGAAAGCGUUAUGAGCGUGCAGAGUUUUCAACAAUGAUUCCAGUUAGAAUUGUGAAUGAUUAUCUGUUCCCAUGAAUUCCCCCAUGGUCUGCUUGUUUUCAUGUUUCCCUCCCUAUGACGUCAGAGGUUAGCAAGACGACUUUUCCUCGCGAAUGUUGACCAAUGAUCUUCGUUGCACGUGAAAAGAGCAUGAUUGACGGUGGCGUGAAGGUGAUGUGACAUUUUAAGCUUUGCGUUAUCUUACACUCAUUUACGCUUUCGUAUGAUUUGUAAAUAAAUAUAAUAUUUCUUUCCAAA